GACCCAGCUCCCAUGGCACCACCAACACUACCGGUAAUCUUGUUCCCCAGCUCCACGGGGUGGGCGUGCAUUUCUAUUCUUUAUCUGGCACUCGAUGGAUGCAAGGCGAUCCCUAAUCUCCGAUUCCCCGGAUCUCUCGCGGUGCUGCGUGCGGCUCUUGUCUCUGCUGCCGACGUACUGAAGUGUCAGGGGUGUGCGACGAGAUUCCUGUCGGGGAUGCAGAAU